AUGCGGGUAGAGGAGACCGUAGAUUUUCCAGCGUGUGUCCUCUCACUGGUGAACAUCCACUGGCGACCUCCAAGUGGGGUGGAAGAGUAUCCUCAGUGUGUCACAGCCAAGGCCGAACCCAAAUCCGAGGAGUCGCCCGAAGAAUCGUCCGAGUCCGAAGCCGAGGAGUCUCCCGAGACCGAGUCCGAAGCCGAGGAGUCUCCCGAGACCGAGUCCGAAGCCGAGGAGUCUCCCGAGACCGAGUCCGAAGCCGAGGAGUCUCCCGAGACCGAGUCCGAAGCCGAGGAGUCGCCCGAGACCGAGUCCGAAGCCGAGGAGUCGCCCGAGACCGAGUCCGAAGCCGAGGAGUCGCCCGAGACCGAGUCCGAAGCCGAGGAGUCGCCCGAGACCGAGUCCGAAGCCGAGGAGUCGCCCGAGGCCGACCCCGAAGAGUCGCCCGAGGUCGACCCCAAAGAGUCGCCCGAGGUCGACCCAGAAGAGUCGCCCGAGGUCGACCCCGAAGAGUCGCCCGAGGUCGACCUCGAAGAGUCGCCCGAGGUCGACCCCGAAGAGUCGCCCGAGGCCGACCCCGAAGAGUUGCCCGAGACCGAGUCCGAAGCCGAGGAGUCGCCCGAGACCGGGUCCGAACCUGAAGAAUCGUCCGAGGCCGCCGAACCCGAAGAGUCGCCCGAGGCCGACCCCGAAGAGUCGCCCGAGGCCGACCCCGAAGAGUCGCCCGAGGUCGACCCCAAAGAGUCGCCCGAGGUCGACCCCGAAGAGUCGCCCGAGGUCGACCCCGAAGAGUCGCCCGAGGUCGACCCCAAAGAGUCGCCCGAGGUCGACCCCGAAGAGUCGCCCGAGGUCGACCCCGAAGAGUCGCCCGAGGUCGACCUCGAAGAGUCGCCCGAGGUCGACCCCGAAGAGUCGCCCGAGGCCGACCCCGAAGAGUCGCCCGAGGCCGACCCCGAAGAGUCGCUCGAGGCCGACCCCGAAGAGUCGCCCGAGACCGAGUCCGAAGCCGAGGAGUCGCCCGAGACCGGGUCCGAACCUGAAGAAUCAUCCGAGGCCGCCGAACCCGAAGAGUCGCCCGAGGCCGACCCCGAAGACUCGCCCGAGGUCGACCCCGAAGAGUCGCCCGAGGUCGACCCCGAAGAGUCGCCCGAGGCCGACCCCAAAGAGUCGCCCGAGGCCGACCCCGAAGAGUCGCCCGAGGCCGACCCCGAAGAGUCGCCCGAGGCCGACCCCGAAGAGUCGCCCGAGGCCGACCCCGAAGAGUCGCCCGAGGCCGACCCCGAAGAGUCGCCCGAGGCCGACCCCGAAGAGUCGCCCGAGGCCGACCCCGAAGAGUCGCCCGAGGCCGACCCCGAAGAGUCGCCCGAGGCUGAACCCGUAUCCGAGAAGUCGCUCGAGGAUGAACUCGAAUCCGAGGAGUUCCUCGAGUCCAAACUCGAGCUCGAGGAAUCGCCCGACGCCGAGGCCGAACCCGAACCCGAGGAAUCGCCCGAAGUCGAGGCCGAAUCCAAUCCCGAGGAGUCGCUUAAGGCCGAGGCCGAACCCGAGGUGGGCCAAUGGACAGAGUCACCCCAGGAGGAAUAAAGGAUAGUGUCACCCCAUGAGGGGCAAGGGACAGUGUCACACCAGGAGGAUCAAGGGGCAAUGCCACCCCAGGAGGAUCAAGGGACAUUGUCACCCCAGGAUGAACAAGGGACAGUGUCACCCCAGAAGGUCCAAGAGACAGUGUCAUCCCAGGAGGAUCAAGGGACAUUGUCAUCCCAGGAGGAUCAAGGGACAUUGUCAUCCCAGGAGG